AUGACGGACCGCGAUGUCUUCUAUACCACCUACUGGGAAGGAUCUUGCUUACCAGCCUUGCACCCGAUAUUCCAGUUUGCCACUUCAUUGGCCACUGACCAUCCCAUCCUCAACGACGCCCUUUUGGCCCUAUCCGCGUGCAAUAUCGGGCGCCUUCAUGCUGAGCGCAGAACACCCUCGGCCGGCACGAUGUGUUCAAUGAGUCCUAGUCUCAUCCACCAGACACGGAGUCAUCUAUACUACUCAUCCGCAAUCCAGAAGUUGGCCAUCAUGCAACCACAAGACUACCAACGGAACUCAGUCACAAUAUUAACUGUUCUUGUUCUGUUCGCUCAUCUGGAGCAAGCCAUGGGCAAUUUCCAGGGCUUUUACACUCACGUCCGGGGGAUGAUGAAUCUUCUUGAAUGGCAUGAAGACGUCAGAGACGCAGCCACCAAGUCGCUGCUUGCUUCGUGGAUGCAAAUCCGCUAUGUUGUAUGGUGGGCUCGAGCCUAUUUCAGUUCCCUAGAAGUUUGUCAGCAUCUUCCAUCGAUACCCUUACCAGCCUCUCUGUUAGACGUACCCCAGACACUACAUGAGCGGCGUGUGAAAGUCCUUAGCAUCAUGUGUGAAUCACACCGAUUGAACUUCAGUGCCGCACUGCAGCAGUUUCGGAAUUUUCGGUCAGACGACGUUAGUGGUUCCGACUUCGACGAAUGCUAUGCAUAUUGCACUACUCUAUUGCACCGAGAAGCGGCAAAGCUGGAUGCGUGGGUGUUGCAACUUCCGCCAUCCGAGCAGCCAAUUUACGAGCUCAACGACACAGACAGCACUACAAUCCGCUUCCAGUCCCACGAUGCCGCGCUGAAUUAUGCAUACUACGUAGUUGCACGAGCCAUGCAGUGCACGGGUGUUCUGCGACUGCUUUAUGACCGCGAAUCCGCCCUUCACGGACCGAAAUAUAAUGAAGAGGAAUAUUGGGUUCAGACAUUAGUCCGGAUUGCACAGUGGAGCGAUAUGCAAACGUCCAUUACCAGAAAUAGCUACACUAUUGGGUUCUCGGGCUUACUCUUGGCGGGUAUUCUCCGAUGCCAAAGUCUAUCAGUCGGAUUGGAGAUCCAAGACUGGUUACAGACGCUCAUCCAUCUGCAACCAACCGAAGAGGGGGCGUUUCCUAUCUAUCAGACCUUCAAUGUGGUCAAGAUUAUCAAUCAACAGAGGGCACUCGGCCGGGAUGUUUUUGCUGUCACUCUGCCAGUGGAUGAUGAAGGUGGAACACCCAAGCUUACUGGAUACAACAGCCAGUCGAUUACAAGCCUUCAUUUCCAUGGGAAAGACCAUAAUCUCGAUUGUCUUUUCCAAGAUUGCAUCUCUCUGGAUGUCUGA